CGUAGGGAUCACGUGACGGGCAGGGCCGCCUCCGCCGCCGCCGCCGCUUUGUAAGAGGCACAUUGGCAGGUAACGAGCGGCGGUGGCGGCGGCGGCGGGUCCCGAGUCCAACGAGAGCAGCAGCGAUUUUGUAUUUUGUACAUAUAUUAUUUUGUAUAUUCUAUAUAUGAUGACUUCUGUGAGCAGUGAUCGUUGCCGAGGUGCUCGGGAAAAACCACAGAUGCCAACAGCACAUGCAGCACAAUCACAGAAACAGGUGGUACAGCUGUACAGACCUCUUGACACUUCUUGAGCUCAGCCUGGCAACAGCUGAACAGAUGCGGCUUGCUCAAGUGAUCUUUGAUAAGAAUGAUUCAGAUUUUGAAGCUAAAGUUAAACAGCUUAUGGAAGUGACGGGAAAAAAUCAGGAUGAAUGCAUAGUGGCUCUACAUGACUGCAACGGCGAUGUGAACAGAGCCAUCAACGUGCUGCUGGAAGGGGAUUCUGACACGACUUCAUGGGAGACUGUAGGGGGGAAGAAGAAGAAUUUUGGAAAAGAAAGCUCAGAAAACAAAGAAAACAGAGAGAAGAGAAUGGAGAGAGAAGCAAGUCGUGGACGGGGAAAUAACAACCGCAAAGGAAGAGGUGGCAGCCGAGGUCGAGAGUUCAAAGGUGAAGAGAAUGGAAUUGAUUACAGCCAAGGAGACAAGCCUUUGGAGCGAGGCAAGCGGGCCCGAGGCAGAGGAUUUGGACGUGGCAGAGGCAGAGGGGCAGGAAGGUUCUCUGCUCAAAGCAUGGGGACGUUCAAUCCUGCAGAAUAUUCAGAGUCCAUGUCUACAGAUGGCUGUGGGACAAAGUUGGUAGUUUGGGAAGCUGCUCAGAACGGUACAGAUGAGGACCCUGAAGGCGUAACAAAGCCUCACAGUAUAUCUCAGGAGCUGCCAAGUAAAAGUUCUUAUGGACUCAAAGGUGCCUGGAAGAAUUCUGUGGAAGAGUGGACACCAGAGGACUGGAGUGAAGAUCUCUCCGAAACAAAAGUGUUCACUGCCUCAUCUGUUCCAGCAGAGAACCAUGUCACGCCUGGGCAGAGCAUUGAUCUGGUGGCCUUGCUCCAGAAGCCUGUCCCUCCUGCUCAGGCUGCGGAAGUCAACUCCUUUGAAACGUCCCAGCAGCAGGGCUUUAGCCAAGCCCUUGUCUUCACAAAUUCUCAACACAACAAUCAGAUGGCACCAGGGACUGGCCACUCCACUUCUGCCAACACCUAUUCACCUCAGAGCUUGUCAUCCGUCCUUGGCUCAGGAUUUGGAGAGCUGGCCCCAUCAAAAACGGUGAAUAUCUCGAGUGCUCAGAUUUUGGACAAGUUGAAAGCACCAAGUUUGACCCCAUUUCCUGCCACUUCAAGUGCACAGCAGAGCAGUGCAUGCCCCCCAGCCACUACUACUUCCUGGGACCGCACGCCCUCAGCACCCCAGGCCUCAGUCCUCAAUCAUUUUGACUUCAAGUCUCAGCCGGAGCCAUCCCCAGUUCUUAGCCAGUUGAGCCAGCGGCAGCAGCAGACCCAGGCAGUCAGUGUUCCUUCUCCUGGUGUGGAGUCCUUUCCUUCUCGGGCAAAGCACGGAGAAUCAGCACCUAUAGAUGGGCCUUCUGCUGUCAACAGACUUUUGCAACUUCCUAACAUGGCUGUUGAAAAUAUUGUAUCUGCCCACCAACCGCAGCCCAAACAUAUUAAACUCCCUAAGCGUCGGAUACCUCCAGCUUCUAAGGUCUCCACUUCAGCAGUGGAAAUGCCUGGUUCUGCAGAUGUCACAGGGCUAAAUGUUCAGUUUGGGGCCCUGGAAUUUGGAUCAGAGUCAUCUCUGUCUGAGUUUGGAUCAGCAGCUUCAGCCAGUGAAAAUAGUAAUCAGAUUCCUAUCACCUUGUACCCGAAGUCUUUAAGUGACCCUUUGAACGCCUCUUUACCAAUGACUAGUGCUGUACAGAACUCUACCUACACAACUUCAGUCAUCACCUCCAGUCUGACCAGCUCCUGCUUGAGCUCCACUAGUCCAGUAACAACACCUUCCUCUUAUGACCAGAGCUCUGUGCAUACCAGAAUUGCACACCAGAGCUCUGCAAGCCCACCAGAUCCUGCUCCAGGCUCUGUGCUUAAUGGACAUGGUGGUGGCCGGAGUCAGCACACAGUAGACACUACUUCAUCCGCUCCAGCUCCAAACACGACAGACCCUCCUGCCCUCCCGCCUGUGGGAACCUUGCCCUGCCCCACCUCCUGUGCUGCUCCUCUGCCGCCUUCAGCCCAGCACACAGCCACUUCGCCCUCCUCGCCCCAGGCUGGUGACCUGUCCAGCAGCCCCCUUUCUCAGCUUAGCAGUUCCCUCUCCAGCCACCAGAACAGCUUGUCCUCUGCACAGGCAGCGCGUCCCCCAGGCACACCACACACUCAUGCUGCUGUGGAGAGUACCCCAUCCUCAGCCAACUUCUCACCAGCAGCAACCUCUGCCCCAAGUGUCCCGUCCUCGGGAGCCACCCUGCCUGGGAAUGUGAGCACUGUGAGCAGCCUGUGCCUGGGCGGGACCACUGGUAGUGUGCCCAGCAGCAGUACCAGGGCCACUGCCUUGGUGACCUCAGGCAAAGCACCUCCAAACUUGCCUCAAGGGGUGCCUCCCCUGCUACACAAUCAGUACCUCGUGGGCCCUGGAGGGCUGCUUCCUGCUUAUCCGAUCUACGGUUAUGAUGAGCUCCAGAUGCUGCAGUCACGGCUGCCGAUGGAUUACUAUGGAAUCCCCUUUGCAGCACCCACAGCCCUGGCCAGCCGAGAUGGGGGUCUACCUAAUAAUCCCUAUUCAGGCGAUGUCACAAAGUUUGGCCGAGGAGACUCCGCAUCCCCUGCACCUCCAACGACACCAGCUCAGGCACAGCAGAACCAGUCUCAGACCCACCACACAGCUCAGCAGCCCUUUUUGAAUCCUGCUCUGCCGCCUGGCUACAGCUAUCCCGGCCUGCCCUACUACACUGGCGUGCCCAGUGCCUUCCAGUACGGGCCCACUAUGUUUGUCCCUCCAACCUCAGCGAAGCAGCAUGGCGUGACCCUGGGCACUCCCCCAACCCCCUUUCAGCAGGCCAGCGGGUAUGGGCAGCACACUUACAGCACAGGUUAUGACGAGUUGACCCAGGGGACAGCGGCAGGAGACUACACCAAGGGUGGCUAUGGUGGAUCAUCACAGACGCCAAACAAGACGGCUGGCUGUGGGCCUGGCAAAGGAGUUUCUGUGUCUUCAGGUACCACUGGCUUGCCUGAUAUGACUGGUUCUGUCUACAAGACACAGCCUGCCCUCUGCCUUGGGCUCCACUGGACCCCUGGCCCCUGGAGCAGCCCCUGGCUACGCACCUGCCCCAUUCUUACAUAUCAUGCCAGCCCACCAGCAGCCCCACUCCCAGCUGCUGCAUCACCACCUACCACAGGAUGCUCCGGUGAGCGCAGUCAUGGCGGCAGCCUCCCCACCUUGGGCCUAGGGUUCUGUUCCAGCCUUUAUAGCCUUGUCUCCUCUUCUUCCUCAGAGUGGCUCUGGUCAGCGCAGCCAGCCCAGCUCCCUGCAGCCCAAGUCUCAAGCCUCCAAGGCCACCUACAGCAACUCUCCAUACUGGACAAACUAGACCCUAAAAAGGAGAGGGUGGGCCCUUGGGCAGGAGAGAACAGGUGGAGCACAUGCCUGGGAGCCCGGUGCCCUUCCUAGAAUUCUGAGACAUAACUCUGUCAGCUGAGCCUCUGUGGGAAGCCUGCCUCCCAGACCCACUGUUGUAUGUAAUGUAUUUAUGUAUGUAUUUGUAAAUGUGACAAACGCCUGGAGGAGCUGGGCUGUGCCUCUGGGUAGCAUACAACUGUGCUCUCCCAGUCUGGUCCAGACCCCCUUGCUGUAGCCAUGUAGGCCCCACCCCUACCCUUCUGCCUUGAGGCCUUCGUUGUGGCCCCAGCUCGGUGUGCCACAGAAGAACUGGAGGUUUGAGGAGUGGGGUCAGGUACCGAUGAAGAAUCACGACUUCUCUCACUCACUCCCCUGUCACUAGUUUUUCCUCUGUAAUUACUUCAUACUUGUGUUUUGAGAAACUGAUCCUUUUGUGUUUUGUCACGGUCCCUUUCCAACAACUCUUAAUCUGGGAAUAGCAGAGAUGACCCAUCCAACAUAAGCCUGUGCCUGUCUGCCUGCACACAGGGCAGGGCCUUCUGCUUUUGGUCUGGUCCUGUCCUAGGAACUUAAUUUUUCUUAUCAACUGUUUAAAAAAAUUUGAACUAAGUCUCAGAUAAUCAGCCAGUCAGCUCCCUUGUAAAGAAGUCAAAGAUCUGCUUCCACCUCAGUGAAGCCUGUCUCCAAACAAAGGCUCCUCUAUACCAAUUGUCCCGAACCAGGUGGACAACUGUUUUCAGGGUUUUCUCUCCCCUAAACUCCACCUAAUAAAGUUCUGAGAGCA